AUGGCUGCGCUGAUCUCCGGUCUAUCCCCAGAGAGCUUGCGGAGUGCUGACCAGACCUUCAGGAAGCUGGAACCCGAUGAAGAGCGUUGGAGGGAUAGACAGCAGUUCCUUGAGUCUCGCGGAUAUAUGUUACGUCCCAGAUAUCGUCCGGGCUGGAUCCCUUCAUGGACAGGUACAAGAAGAAAUCCUGUUUUCUGCGAAGACUCUAAGGCUCUUCCGGCGCGGCCGCACCUCAUAGAUGCCACACGAAUCUCCGAUGACAAGAUGGUGUACGUCAAGAGGGUACAGAGUGGAGACAACGAAUCGCGAAUCGCCACUAUGUUGUCAUCCGAAACUCUUCUCAAGGAUCCACGGAACAAAUGUGUUCCUAUCGUCGAUCUUUUCGAGGAUUCGGACGAUCCCACUAUUUCGUACAUGGUUAUGCCAUUUCUCCGCCUCGUCAAUGACCCUCCCUUCGCUAUUGUUGACGAUGUGGCAGACUUUGUGGAACAGAUGUUGGAGGGUCUCGUCUUUCUCCACGAGGUCGGAGUAGCACAUCGGGAUUGCUCAUACAAGAAUGUCAUGAUGGAUGCAAGCGCCAUGUACCCGCAUGGCUUUCAUCCAGCGAAGGAUACCUUCUUGCCCGACGGCGAAACGCCAGCAAAACCUCUUGCAAGAUCCAGCGUAUCUAUCAUAUACUAUUACGUUGAUUUUGGGAUCUCGGUGCAUAUUCCUCCAGACGUUGACCCUAAGCUUGCGGUUGGUGACGAUGGUCGAGACCGAGAACCACCAGAACUCUCGUCCGAUGCCCCCUAUAAUCCGUUCAAACUAGAUAUUUUUCUCAUCGGAAAUUUGUUUAGACGCGUAGUGCACGACGAAUACUUCAAUGUGGAGUUUUUGUCUACCGUUAUCGAUCCCAUGACUCGUGAGGAUCCUGCGUCCAGGCCUGACGCGCGAGAUAUUUUGGAGUGUUGGCGUAAAGUGCGAACAAGCUUGUCGUUGUACAAGCGCAGAUGGGAGCUGCGGUCCCGUACGGAAACGCGGAACACCUUCUUCUUGGAUAUGGUCUGUUUUGUUAGAGUCACUAUUUACGCCGUGCGGCAGCUGUUCGGAUGGGCUGUAGGUACGAAACGGUAA